AUGAAGAAUACCAUCAUAUAUCAUUCACAACUUGUACAACAAAUUUUGGAAGAAUUACUUUAUCCAGUUGCUUUAUUCUCAUCAUCAGAUAUCAAUUCAACCGAUGAUAACGAUUUGGUAUCAACAUUAAUUGAUUUACCACGCUUACCUGAUAAUAUUCAACUUAUCACUAUUCGAUAUAUAUCACAAAAAACAAUACUGAUAUCAAUGCGUCAAUUACCAUACGAUUGUUCAGUAAAGCUAUAUUGCAAAAGUGACACUAAUAUGGUACAAUUGAAUCUAAAAAUUUGA